AUGGCUGAGAGCUCUACCAAGAGCUCUAACCAGUCUAACGGUCAACUGCUUCCCAAUCAAAAGAUGCGCACAACCUGCAACGCCUGUCAACAAGCGAAGAUACGAUGUAGCCACACCUACCCCUGUGACCGGUGCGAGAGUCACGGGUAUGAGUGUGUCUAUUCAAUCUCGCAACCGCUGGGCCGGCCGACAAAGAAGAGGGUGAGUCGGCCAGCAGCAGCUGGGGCAGUCGUGAAGACGCGCAGGGGGGAGGCGGAGGUAGUUGACCGUCCGACUCGGCGAAGUGCGGCGAGGGCACCGAGGCCAACCCCAGCAGUGAGAGCGAAGAGGGCGCGCAGGGUCCCAAGUCGGGUCCCGAGUCCAACAACAGCAUCGGGCUCGGGUCCUGGCUCAAGGGAAGAGUCGCACAAGAGCGACUCCAGGGCCGGCACUGAAGUCACACCACCGGAGGAAGACUUUCAGUGGCCGAGUUUCACAGAGUUGUUCUCGGAGCUUCCAGAAAACCACACAAAUGGAGAAGGGGUCCAGAACCAGAAUGUCGUUAGCGCAAACGAGGCCAAUAACCACGCCAUUCCAGGAUUUGCCAAUACCAGCCUGGACAGCUCGUUUGAGCGAGCUGACGGAUUCGAAAGUUUUGGGGGUCCCCGUUUUCCUGAGCCGCGUGUUGACUAUUCCACACAGUAUUAUACUCCCCAAAUCGGUUUGAUGAUCGAUGAACGUCCCAUUGGAGGAUUUCUCCACACCGCUGCGCCGGGUACCCAGUCCGGGUCACUCUUUCAGGGUGGUGCAAUCUACCCCUUUAGCCUCGCACCGAACGCAAUUCAGGUCUCCGGAACAGUACAGGACCCUGCCAGAAUCAUGGAAUUGCCCUCCAAUGAUGUCUGGCAAGAACCCAUCGAUACUGAGUCCAGUCAAUCUCUUUUACCAGAAGAGAUUGACCUUGAGGCACUGCCGGAAGAUGCUUUUUCCCUUCACUGCGAUUGCUAUUCCCAGGCAUUCAGUGAAGUCGUGCGAUCGGGGGAGGGAAAUGGGUCAAAUAGGAUAUUGCUCCACCUGGAAAGGGUGCAGCAACAGGGAGUGGUCAUCCUUCAAUGUCAAGUCUGCUUUACUUCAAAUGCCAGGGCUAACAUUCUCACUUUAUUAGUCAUGGCGAUUGAGAAAGCGGCACGGGCGUUAAAGAUGAGGGGCAAAAUGGCCACUACCUCGGUGCAAGGGGGGGUUCAUUCCGUGUGGGGAGAGGAGGACAUCAGCCAGAUGCGCCAUUGUCUGUCACAUCUAUCAAUUAUCGUCCGUUUCAUCCACCAAGAUCUCCAGUGUGUCUCGCCUUCAAGAUGGCACCUGGUGAUGGCGGACGAGACAGAUCGUCGGCUGCAGUCGAUUAUUCGAAUCUUCGAGUGA